GGAUGUAGAAUUCGCGCGCAGGCGAACAGGACUGCCUCCCACCUGUGACGAAAUUCCUCCCGCCUCCCAUCAGGGUCGAGGACAAACGUCAGAACCAUAGCUGAUACUAGCUGAUGAAUUUGUUUUCCUUGGCAGUGACCAGAACCAGAAACCAAAUUUGCUGGGAAAAUUUUCGGAAAUGUUGCUUAGGGAAAUCGCACGGUUCUCGCUGCAACAUCGGACGCUUUACUGCUAUCUUAUCUUGAGCAUAUGGAUUUUUCUACUAAUUGCUGGAAUGUACAAAUAUAUUGGAUCAAUAGAAAAUAGCAAUAGCGUAUUAAGUUCGAAGAAUUUUCUGUACAAAAAGCAGCAGUUGGAAGAGCAAGAACGAGUUCGGUCGAAAAAGAUAAACGAUGAUGAUUGCAAUCACCCUCCUACAAUUGGACUGGGUGAAGAAGGAGGCACUUUCGAGGGGUGGUCCUUGCAGGGCGUGUUGCUUCUUAUACGUCAUGGCGACCGUGGUCCAAUGACACAUGUGCGUGGGAUUGAGUCCGUUGACUGUAGUUACGAAGGUGACACAGUUAUGGUAAAGUAUAGCCACUAUCUUACCAACAGCAGUUCUAGUACAACUGCUGGUCAUUGGAUGAAAACGGGCCCAUUCCAUGGUUUUCCAUUGCUUCCGUCCAGUCCUAAAGCUUGCCUAUUGGGACAACUAACACAAAAAGGAGUCGCACAGUUGCUGAGAGUUGGCGACGUGAUUCGUCAAGCCUACGCGCAUACCUUAUCGCUAUAUGCCAAACCUGUUGUUACCAGAACUACUCCGUUCAACGCUUCCGAUACUACGAACAAUCCUAUUGUCUACAAUACAGACGACAUCGUGGUGUACUCCACACGAUACCGCCGUACAUUUCAAUCCGCCAUGGCACUAAUGUUCAGCAUCGUUCAUCCCGAUAAAUGGCAAUAUCUCCAAAUCCAGGAGAGUCACAGUUUAUCCUUCUGUUUUACCGAUUGUGCGUGUCCACAGGCCGAAAAUAUCAAAAAGCAACUGGAUAAAGAUAGCAAACAAUCACUGGCAACACACCCGGCAAUCGGAGCAAUAGCGCAAUGGAUGAGCGCCACCUUGCUUCAAAAUCAACCUACUGCUGGACAAACUAGUCCGCUUGAAAUACGGGACGCCAUCCUGUCUCACAUUUGCCACGACGCCCCACUUCCUUGCCGGAAAAUCUCUCUCGCAACAGGCCAUGAACCUCGACGCGCAAGCAGUUCCAGCACACAAGAUCCUCAGGAUGUGAUCAAUAUAGAUCAGGACGAUAGUGCCAUCGUUUUCAGUCAAAGCCAACCCAACACAGAAGAACCCGAUGAUGUAGACCCAACUGGGGAUCAGGAACCGGAAAUCGAGGGGUGCGUCGAAAAGAGUCAUGUGGCUGCUAUCAUGUCCUAUACUCAGUGGGCGGGGCUUAAGGAAUGGCGAAGCGUUCGCAUGCGCCAGCAAGGCCUUCUGCGGGCGUACGGUUUCCUGAGGAACAUCGUCGGUUACAUGCUGAAAAUGAUCUCGGGUGAUAAGGUCAAGUUCGUGCUCUACUCCGGCCAUGACAAGACAAUGGAAUAUUUGAUGACGGCUCUCGGCUUAGCAACAGACUCGCCCUUCAUCCCGUACGCCUCACGGAUGGUUUUUGAGGUGUACAAAAGCGACAAAGAUACCCAGUAUUACUUCCGGUUGCUGUUCAACGGUCGAGACGUGACCAACCUGGUCGGAGUUUGCGAGGGCGGCAAAAGUCUGAGCGUGCCACGUGGGAUACGAGGAGACCGAGCAAAUUUGUGUCCCAUCGAAAAUAUUAUUCGGUUCCUGCAUGACGACUAUUUUCUUCCGCUGAAUGCAACCAACUUCAAAGAUGCUUGUUUAGCUCAAAAAGACAAUUACUUCUAAGUUAUGCUCUGAAUGGCUUUAGGUUUGAUCUGUGAUAAAAUAUUACUUAAUUAGUAUUACUUGUAAGUACAAUAUUUAUUUACGUUUGUUUAACAUGCCAUAUGUGUAGGAAAAAGGUGUCGAAUAGUCUAGUCGUGUAUGAAAAUGAAACAUAUCAUUUUUACUGAUAGAAGUUAGAAUAAGAAUGGAAUAUGUAUAUUUACAAAGAUGCUUUUAAGUAUUAUGUGUAGUACCAAAAAUUGUCGUCACAUUAGGAUAAUUACAUUACAUGGAAAAUAAAUAUCACUGGCAAACAACA